CGCUUCCCUCCUGGGGCAGAGUCUCGGUCACAAACAACCACCACUGCCGCCGCGCCCGCCCCUCCUUCCCUCCGCUGUGAGCUCAGAGCAGUAGGACAAAGUGCUACAGACAAGGACAGAGGCCUGAGGGCAGCCAUGGGCUCUGGAGGAGUAGGCCUCCUUGGGGCCCGUCAGCCCCUGCCCCUCCUGCUUCUGCUCGUCACAGGAGGCAUGGCUCAGGACUCCCCACCCCAGAUCCUCGUCCACCCCGAGGACCAGCUGCUCCAGGGCCCUGGCCCGGCCAAGAUGAGCUGCCAGGCCUCAGGCCAGCCACCUCCCACCAUCCGCUGGCUGCUGAAUGGGCAUCCCCUGAGCACGGUGCCCCUAGACAUUCACCACCUCCUACCUGACGGAACCCUCCUGCUGCUGCGGCCCCCUCCCCGGGGACGUGCCCACGAUGACCAGGUCCUGUCCACAGACCUGGGUGUCUACACGUGUGAGGCCAGCAACCGGCUGGGCACGGCAGUCAGCCGGGGCGCUCGGCUGUCUGUGGCUGUCCUUCGGGAAGAUUUCCAGGUCCAGCCUCGGGACGCGGUGGCCACGGUGGGCGAGCAGGUGAUUCUGCAGUGUGGGCCGCCCUGGGGCCACCCAGAGCCCACAGUCUCAUGGUGGAAGGAUGGGAAACCCCUGGCCCUGCAGCCAGGGCGGCACUCGGUGUCCAGAGGUUCCCUGCUGAUGGCAAGAGCAGAGAAGAGUGACGCAGGGACCUAUAUGUGCGUGGCCACCAACAGCGCAGGACGACGGGAGAGCCGGGCAGCCAGGGUGUCUGUCCAAGAGCCCCAGGACCACAAGGAGCCCCUGGAGCUUCUGGCUGUGCGCAUUCAGCUGGAAAACGUGACCCUGCUGAACCCAGACCCUGCGAAGGGCACCAAGCCUGGUCCUGCUGUGUGGCUCAGCUGGAAGGUGAGCGGCCCUGCUGCACCUGCUCAGUCCUACACGGCCUUGUUCAGGACCCCAGCUGCCCCCGGAGGCCAGGGAGCCCCGUGGGCAGAGGCCCUGCUGGCUGGCUGGCAGAGCGCAGAGCUUGAGGGCCUCCAGUGGGGCCAGGACUACGAGUUCAAAGUGAGACCAUCCUCCGGGCGGGCUCAAGGCCCCGACAGCAACGUGCUGCUCCUGAGACUGCCUGAGCAAGUGCCCAGUGCCCCUCCCCAGGAGGUGACCCUAAAACCUGGCAACGGCAGUGUCCUCGUGAGCUGGGUCCCACCACCUGCUGAAAACCACAAUGGCAUCAUCCGUGGCUACCAGGUCUGGAGCCUGGGCAACACCUCGUUGCCCCCGGCCAACUGGACGGUGGCGGGCGAGCAGACCCGGCUGGAGAUCGCCACCCGCGUGCCAGGUUCCUACUGCGUACAAGUGGCCGCAGUCACUGGGGCUGGGGCUGGGCAGCCCAGCAGCCCUGUCUGCCUCUUUUUAGAGCAGGCCGUGGAGCAAGCUCUCCAGGAGCCCAGUGCGCACGGCCCGUGGACCCUGGAGCAGCUGAGGGCGGCCUUGAGGCGGCCAGAGGUCAUUGCCAGCGGGGGUGUUGUGCUCUGGUUGCUGCUGCUGGGCACCGCCGUGUGCAUCCACCGCCGGCGCCGAGCUGGGGUGCACCUGGGCCCAGGUCUGUACAGACAUACCAGUGAGGACGCCAUCCUAAAACACAGGAUGGAUCACAGUGACUCCCCGUGGCUGGCAGACACUUGGCGCUCCACCUCUGGCUCUCGGGACCUCAGCAGCAGCAGCAGUCUCAGCAGCCGACUGGGAAUGGACGCCCGGGACCCACUAGACAGUCGUCGCUCCUUGAUCUCCUGGGAUCCCCGAAGCCCCGGUGUGCCCCUGCUUCCCGACACCAGCACUUUUUAUGGCUCCCUCAUCAAUGAGCUGCCUUCCAGCCCCCCAGCCCGGCCAAGUCCCCAGGCCCCAGCUGCCAGGCGGCUCACACCCCAGCUGGCCAGGCUCUCCAGUCCCUGGGCCAGUUCAGACAGCCUCUGCGGCCGCAGGGGCCUCUCUUCUCCACGCUUGUCUCUGGCCCCUGCAGAGGCUUGGAAGGCCAAAAAAAAGCAGGAGCUGCACCAGGCCAACAGCUCCCCGCUGCUCCGGGCCAGCCACCCUGUGGAGCUCUGGGCCUGUGAGUUGGGCAACAGAGGCUCCAAGAACCUUUCCCAAAGCCCAGGAGCUGUGCCCUGGGCCCUGGUUGCCUGGCGGGCCCUGGGACCACAGCUCCUCGGCUCCCCCAGUGAGCUGGUGACUCACCCUCUCCCCGCAGCACCCCUCCCUCUUCGUGGACCCCCCACUCAGAGUCAACAGACCCAGCAAUCGGUGGAGCCCCAAGCCCCCUCCUGCCACCCACUGCCAGCAGCCCCCGUCCCCGCCUUUAUCCCUUCCGGUCCCCCCAGCCCCUCCAGUCCCCAGGCCUCUUCCCUCUCUGGUCCCAGCCCAGCAUCCAGUCGCCUGUCCAGCUCAUCACUGUCGUCCCUGGAGGAGGAUCAAGACAGUGUGCUGACCCCUGAGGAGGUGGCCCUGUGCCUGGAGCUCAGUGAGGGUGAGGAGACCCCCAGGAACAGUGUCUCUCCAAUGCCAAGGGCUCCUUCACCCCCCAUCACCUAUGGCUACAUCAGCGUCCCGACGGCCUCGGAGCUAGCGGACAUGGGCAGGCCUGGAGGGGGGGUGGGGUCCGAGGUGAGGGGCUUGCUGUGCCCACCUCGGCCCUGCCCCACACCCACCCCCAGCGAGGGCUCCUUGGCCAAUGGCUGGGGCUCAGCCUCUGAGGACAACGCCCCCAGCGCCAGAGCCAGCCUGGUCAGCUCCUCCGACGGCUCCUUCCUCGCCGACGCCCACUUUGCCCGGGCCCUGGCCGUGGCUGCGGACAGCUUUGGCUUUGGGCUGGAGGCCAGGGAGGCAGACUGCGUCUUCACAGAUGCUUUGUCACCUCCCUCCCCCCGGGAUGACCUCUUCCUGAACUCCGCCCUCUCCCUGCCCCCGUGGGAGUGGAGGUCAGACUGGUUGGAGGACAUGGAGAAAAACCACACCCAGUGGCUGGGAAGGGGGCUGCCUCCCUGGCCCUCCACCUCUCGGAUCUCGUCCCAGAGAAGUCAUGUCAGCUGUCCUGCGCCCAAGGCCGGCGACUCCUCGUGAACUGAUCCCGAGACUGCCGAGAGGAGAAUCAGAACCGUCUCCCCUGUCAGCUGCCAGCCUGGGCUGUGGACUGUGGGUCUUGAUCUCUGCAUCUCUGCAGUCGGGGUCCACCUCUCCCAGCCUCCAGAGUUCUCCGUCCCGGAUUGUGAAAACAAACGAAAGCAAAACAAAAUAUGAACAAAGCGGACCUGGAGCCCCCGGGGGAAAAAAUCAUCUCCACCUGACUCCCAGCCCUUGCUUUUCCCACUGCUUCAUCCACGUCCACAGCCAGGUCAUUUGGGCCUAAGAAGCAGCCCUAAAUCCUGAUCUCCCCACCCACUUGGAUCACGGGAAGUGGAGGGGCCAAACGUCUGCCUGGAGGACAACAGUGGCUCAUGGGAGAGGGCUGUGGAGGAAGGAGCUUCUCAUCUCAGGGCCUCCCCUCUCUGCCUUUUCUGGACGAUUCCUAACUCUCUCCCCAAACACACCACAAAGGGACAUAAAGAGAGACUCCACUGAGGCAG